CAGGCUCCUCACUGUGAGCACGCUUUCUGCAAUGCCUGCAUCACCCAGUGGUUCUCCCAGCAGCAGACCUGCCCCGUGGACCGCAGCGUCGUGACGGUCGCCCACCUCCGCCCCGUCCCGAGGAUCAUGCGGAAUAUGCUCUCCAAGCUGCAGAUCACUUGUGACAACGCUGUUUUCGGCUGCACGGCGGUCGUGCGACUCGACAACCUCAUGUCUCACCUCAACGACUGCGAGCACAAUCCAAAGCGCCCGGUGACCUGCGAGCAGGGAUGCGGCUUGGAAAUGCCCAAAGAUGAGCUGCCCAACCACAACUGCAUUAAACAUCUAAGAUCCGUGGUGCAGCAGCAGCAAACGAGAAUCGCCGAGCUGGAGAAGACCUCAGCAGAGCACAAACAUCAGCUGGCUGAGCAGAAACGGGACAUUCAGUUGCUGAAGGCCUACAUGCGCGCCAUCCGCAGCGUCAACCCCAACCUGCAGAACCUGGAGGAAACCAUCGAGUACAAUGAGAUCCUGGAGUGGGUUAACUCCCUGCAGCCAGCCCGGGUGACGCGGUGGGGUGGGAUGAUUUCCACGCCGGACGCGGUGCUUCAGGCCGUCAUCAAACGUUCUCUGGUGGAGAGUGGCUGGCCCACGUCCAUCAUCAACGAGCUGAUCGAGAACAACGCCCACGAGAGGAACUGGCCACAGGGUCUGGCCACGCUGGAGACGCGUCAGAUGAACCGGCGCUACUACGAGAACUAUGUGGCCAAACGUAUCCCCGGCAAACAAGCCGUGGUGGUGAUGGCCUGUGAGAACCAGCACAUGGGAGAGGACAUGGUGCUGGAGCCGGGACUGGUGAUGAUAUUUGCACACGGAGUGGAGGAAAUUUAA